CUGUUACAUGGCGGAGUAAUUGAAGACAUUGACAAGCAGAUAAUCCCAUAACACCUUCAAUAAAUUCUGAAGCGAUCCGUCGACACUCGACAGGCCUGCAAUUUGUUCUGCUCUCUUCUCAUGGCGGAGUCCCUUCGAAGAUAUGCGGUUGUCACCGGGGCGAACAAGGGGAUUGGACUGGCCAUAUGUAAGCUGUUGGCCUCUGAAGGGGUCAUGGUGGUCUUAACUGCUAGAGAUGAGAAAAGGGGCCUCGAGGCUCUCGAAAAGCUGAAACACUCUGGUCUCUCUGAUCACCUAUCUUUUCACCGGCUGGAUGUGACGGACCCUGCUAGCAUCACUUGCCUGGCAGAUUAUGUGAAAAACAGAUUUGGGAAGCUUGAUAUCCUGGUCAAUAACGCUGGUAUAGGCGGAAGUACAGUGAACCAUGAUGCUUUAAAAGACGCAAAAAUUUCUGGCAAUGAGGCAGACCUGCAAGCCGUUUGGAGUAAAGUUCUGAUUGAAACUUACGAGUUAGGGAAAGAAUGCAUUGAAACAAACUACUAUGGUGCUAAAGCUACGUCGGAAGCGCUUAUUCCUUUACUCCAGUUAUCUGAUUCUCCAAGGAUUGUUAACAUUUCCUCUUCCAUGGCCAAGUUAAAGUAUAUACCUAGUGAACAGCGCAGAGGGGAUUUAAGGGAUGCCGAUACAGUAGAGAAAAUCGAUGGGUUCGUUGCCGAGUUUCUUAAGGAUUUUAAGGAGGGUUCGUUAGAAAGCAAGGGUUGGCCAACUUUUCUCUCGGCCUAUACAAUCUCAAAAGCAGCCAUGAAUACCUAUACAAGGAUUUUGGCCAACAAGUGCCCAAAUUUCUGCAUCAACUGUGUUUGCCCUGGUUUCGUCAAAACAGAUAUAAAUAACAAUACCGGUCACUCGACUCCCGAAGAAGGCGCAGCGAUUCCGGUCAAGUUAGCGCUCUGGCCGAGCGGCGGUGCCCCUUCCGGCCUCUUUUUCGUUCAGGGUGAACCAUCAUCAUUUGAAUGAAACUACUGAUAAAAGAAUCAAAUCCCGUCAAAGAGGCUGCAUGUGAACUCAGUUCAGGAUUGUGUCUUCAUCAUUGAUGGUGUAAUGUUCCAU